AUGUCUUUUGAGAAAAAAAUACUGUCAACUGGACGCAAACUCAUAGGUGAAUAUAUUAACAGUUGCAUACCACAUACUUCCAAAUUUAUACAGAGGUUGACUCAACAUGAUGCCUAUUGGAAACAUGUCUACGAGGAAGACUGUCACAAUCCGUGUAGAACUUCAACUGCUAAUUUCAGUAAUGACAAAAAUAACAUCCAAAAAUCUGUUGAAAGUCUGUCUAAAAUAAGCAAUCACUCUGGCAAACCAUCUACAAAUCAGCCUUCCAAUGUUUUGUUAAAACCAUCCUCAUCUGAUAAAGUGUGUAAUGUUAAGGCGCCACUCAAUAAAAAACCUACUAAUAAGGCUUUUUGCGAUGUUUGUCAAACCUACAUGAGUCCUUUUGAUUUAAUUCGGCAUGAGACUGGUAAAAAGCAUUUGAAAAUGUUAGAAAAAGGAAACCUAUAUGUCGACGGACAUCAAAAUGCCAACCAUUCUACUCUUAAUCAUCAAGGAAAUUAUUUUAAAGAAGAAAAUUAUUGUGACCGUAAUCAUAACCCCCACAGCAUGACUUAUGAUAUACCGUCGUGUAAGACUUCAUCUUCAGAGGCUCCAGUAAAAUGUGAUGCUGAUUCGCAGUUCAUUCCUAAUGUACGUUCGCUCUUAAAUUUUAAUGAGACAUCCGAGAAUAAUUCAAGCAAAUCAGCUACUAAGUCUAUUUUACGCAGAUUAUGUAUGACGGAAAUUUCAUCACUUCUAAGUCAGAUGGUUGGAGAUAUGUAUAAAAAUACUCAUUUUUAUAGGCAAUUAAAAAUAAAGUGUCGGAACGACCUUAAUUCUAUCUUGUGUCUUGAGGUCCCUAUUCUGCAGAGCACAGUCAGUCAAGAACUCUCAGAAACAAAUUCUUCCGGACUAAACAGCGUUUAUCAUGAUGAAAAUACGUCGCUCAGUCAGUUACUUUUGUCUUGGGUCAAACAACUCCAUGCACUAGACAACGAUUAG